AUGACUGAACUUCGCCGGAAGUUGGUUAUCGUCGGUGAUGGUGCUUGCGGAAAAACCUGUCUUCUGAUUGUGUUCUCGAAGGGCACUUUCCCUGAGGUGUACGUUCCGACUGUCUUUGAGAACUACGUGGCGGAUGUUGAGGUCGAUGGUCGUCACGUCGAGCUUGCUCUUUGGGAUACGGCUGGUCAGGAGGACUAUGACCGUCUCCGCCCCCUUUCGUACCCUGACUCUCAUGUCAUUUUGAUCUGCUUUGCUAUCGACUCUCCCGACAGUCUUGAUAAUGUCCAAGAGAAGUGGAUCUCGGAGGUACUUCACUUCUGCCAAAACUUGCCUAUCAUCCUAGUUGGCUGCAAGAAGGAUCUGCGUCGCGACCCUAAGAUCAUUGAGGAGCUGCGCAAGACAAGCCAACGCCCUGUUACCCCUGAGGAGGGUAUGGCAGUUGCUUCGAAGAUCGGUGCUGUUCGUUACCUUGAAUGCAGCGCUAAGACUGGCGAAGGUGUCCGGGAAGUCUUUGAGCAUGCGACCCGCGCUGCUCUUAUACAGAAGCCCCGUGGUGGCCGGAGCAAGUCGAAGUGCUUGGUUCUCUGA